AGUACAUCAUAAUAGUUGUGUUUGAUAAGCUUUUAAAAGUUGUUGUUGAUGGUAAUCUUUUGUGCUUGUUGCACAAAUAGGUUGUGUUUAUAGUUCUACAGAUAUGUUUGGGUUUAAUUUUUUCCCCGAUAUUCCGAGACCAUUCAAUACACACUACAAAUGUUACUCGGUGUCAAUGCUUCCGGGAAAUGAGCGCCACGACGUGGAGAGAGGUGGUAAAAUCAUCAUGCCGCCAUCAGCCCUGGAUCAGUUGACGAGACUAAACAUCGUCUAUCCUAUGUUAUUCAAACUUACCAAUAAGAAAUCGAACCGAGUUACCCAUUGUGGAGUGUUGGAGUUCGUGGCAGAUGAGGGAAAGGUGUACCUACCGUACUGGAUGAUGAAGAACAACCUUUUGUUAGACGAGGGUGACUUUGUUCAGAUAGAGAGUGUCUCUCUGCCAGUUGCCACGUUUUCCAGGUUCCAGCCGCAGUCCGAGGACUUCUUGGACAUAACAAACCCAAAAGCGGUGCUUGAGAAUAACCUGCGUAAUUUUGCUUGCCUGACCACUGGAGAUGUAAUUGCUAUUAAGUACAACCAGAAAAUGUAUGAGUUAUGUGUGCUGGAAACAAAGCCAGGACCUGCUGUCAGCAUCAUCGAGUGUGAUAUGAACGUGGAGUUUGCUGCGCCGGUUGGGUACAAAGAACCAGUGCCUGUUGCCAGAAGAGGGGAGGAGGACCCAGAUCCUUCAGAGCUGUCCGACCCAGAGUGUUUUGUACCUUUCAAGGGUCAGGGAUAUAGACUGGAUGGUAAGAAAAAGAAGUCUGAAGAUUCACCCAAAAACAAUAUGGCAAAGCGAGGUACGAGGAGGGUUGUUCCGAACUAUGAGUAUAAGAUUGGGUCUUUGCGAUUUGUGCGAAACAGGCGAACACCUGCUAAGGAAAAUGAAGAUGGUUCUGAUGAAUUUAAACCUUUUUCAGGUGUAGGACAAUCACUCAAGGGCAUCAUUAAUGCUUAAAGAAGUGAUUUGAUUUAAAUGAUUUCUCAAAAAACAAUUUUUGAAAAUUAUUAUUUAAUGUUUCACUGAUUAUUUUGGCUUGAUUAUUAAACAAUAAAAUUUUAAGUACACGUGUGGCAAAUUUUUUAAGUUCUUGAAGUGUACCUUGUAAGUAAUUAUAACUUUUUAAUUCAAUUACUUAAUUGUUCUAUGAGCUUAUUUGGUAUUAAGUGAAACUAAAAACACACUGCAUGCACACCAGACCUUGCCUCUUUUUUGUCUAGAACAUCUAAUUUUGAUUACUGUGUUAUGUUAUGUUAAUUUUGAACCGUUUACAUCAUUAUUAAAAAUAAAUGUGUCAGUAGUACAGAUAAUUAAAUAGAUAGGGCCUAUUUUACAAAUACAAUCAACAAGGCACUGGACUAUUUGUCACAUGGCCAAAAGUUUCUCAUUAGUAGUAAAUGUGUUUAUAACCUUUAUAAACAAAUUAUAAUUUGGUUUUCUUCUGUGAAGCCUGUUUUGUUUUUCAUUUUAGUUUUUGAGAACAUCAUAUGUUGUGUAAAAAUUGUAUAUAUUGUGUAUUUUUUUAAUGUUAGAUAUGUUUUUUUUUUUUUUUAUGUAGGCCUAAUCAUGUUCUUUACCUGUAACCAAAAUCUGGGCCAUAUUGCUUCUGGAGCAGGCACUUCUAGGUCCAGUGUGACAAACAUGUUGGUUUUUUUAAAAAAAAAUAAUCUGAUUCUUGUUGUUAUCAGGAAAGCCAAGGGUAUUGUAGUUUUACAUACAUAAUAAUAUUAAUUUUAAAUAAACUGUCUGAGAUAUGCA